AUGGAGGAUGGCACAAUCCUAUCGGAUAAUAGCUCCAUCAAGAAUGCAACGGUUACCUUCUUUACAGCCCUCAUGGAGGCAACACCGUCCACUCCAGCUACUGAUAUCCUUGACGCCAUCCCCACAACAAUUUCAGCUGAGGAUAAUAGAUGUCUUAUUCUUGAUCCUUCCAUGGAAGAGGUCCAUACGGCUGCCAUGGCCAUCCCAGCAGAUAGCGCCCCUAGCCCGGACGGUUUCUUAGGAGCCUUCUUUCAUCAAUUGGGAACUAUUCUCCCACAUAUCAUUUCUGCUGAACAGGGAGCUUUUGUCAAAGGCCGAUCCAUAGCAGAGAACUGUGCUUUUAUGCAAGAGAUCUUUAGACAUAUUGACAAAAAGGUUAGAGGCGGAAACAUACUAAUCAAGCUUGACAUGGAGAAAGCUUACGACAAGCUCGAUUGGGAAUUUCUGAAAGCUGUCCUUCGUAGAUUUAGCUUCUGCGGUACCUGGAUCCAGCUAGUUGAGAAAUGUUAG